AUGGUUAAGUUUACAAUCGAACAGGUCUUUAAUCCCACCGACGAACAGAUCCGGGCCUCCGCCGAUUUGUUUCUGGAUCUGAUGAAAGAAGAUCGUAGCGUCUUGAGUCUACUCGGAGGUGACCUUUCCUUGGUCUCCUAUAUGAUAGGGGCGAUGCUCCGUGCUGGUGCACUGGAGGGCGAAUAUUACGUCGCCACUGACGAGGCUGGAAAACUCGUUGGGUAUACCAUGUGGAUGCCCCCGGGAAAGCAGUUGUUCGAAUCGGAGGCCCAACGAAACCUAGGAUUGCACGAGUUCCAGAACAAACUCUCGGAUGAGACUAAAGAAUAUUGGCAAAAUACGUACAUGGCUCGAUACCCUGGCUUCGUCCAAGAGCAUCUCGGUCCAACGGCGAAGGCGGACCUAUGGUGGUUACAUCAAGCGUUCGUAAGGAGGGACUCGCAACGUCAAGGAGUCCUCAGGGCGCUUUUCAACGUCGUUCUCGAAAAGGCGAAGGCGACUGGGUCAACCGUUGGGACAACCACCACAGACGACGUGAAUAUCGCGGUAUACACCAGUUUGGGGUUCAAACAUAUCGCGUCGACAAUGAUUCCUUCUUCAGUCGGGGAAUGGCCUAUUCACUUGUUCGAAAUGCGAACUGAAGAGCAGAAAUAGACUGUUCUCUCGGCUGUCCGCAACCCUUUCUCACAUGUAUUUUUACGAGAACGUAUCUCGUUCAAUACAUCAGUACUCAAACAA